CUUGUCCCGGGGGAACUGGUGCAGCGCCACCCGCAGCUGCUCAGCCAGCCUAGAUGGCGGUGGUGAGCGCUGAAGCGGGAAGUGAAAGGGACCUUCUGCCGCUGGGCGGCCCUGCGGGGAGGCGGAGCUGCUGGGCGGGGCGGGCUCCCAAGCCCCCGGCAGCGGCAGGCUCAGAAGGCGAGAGGGAGCCAGGCGGGCAGCGGACGGAGCAUGGCAGCGGCAGCGGAGGCGCACAGGGUGCUGGUGUAUGGAGGCAGAGGGGCCCUGGGAGCCAAAUGCGUGCAGCAUUUCAGAGCCAAGCACUGGUGGGUUGCCAGCAUUGACCUAGCAGAAAAUGAAGAAGCUAAUGCCAAUGUUGUUGUGAAAAUGACCGACUCCUUCACUGAGCAAGCAGAUCAGGUGACAGCAGAUGUUGAAAAACUUCUGGGUGCACAGAAGGUGGAUGCUAUCCUGUGUGUAGCUGGAGGAUGGGCAGGUGGCAGUGCAAAAGCUAAAUCUUUAUACAAAAAUUCUGACCUGAUGUGGAAACAGAGUGUUUGGACGUCAACUAUUUCCAGUCACUUAGCCACAAAACAUCUGAAAGAAGGAGGCUUGUUGACUCUGACUGGAGCAAAAGCUGCUUUGGCUGGAACUCCAGGGAUGAUUGGUUAUGGCAUGGCAAAAGGAGCAGUACAUCAGCUUUGUCAGAGUCUAGCUGGUGCAAACAGUGGCUUGCCAUCUGGGUCUGCUGCUCUUGCUGUUCUACCGGUUACCUUGGAUACACCAAUGAACAGGAAAUCAAUGCCUGACGCAGAUUUCAGCUCCUGGACACCCCUAGAAUUCCUUGCUGAAACCUUUUAUGACUGGAUCACAGGGAAGAACAGACCAAGCUCAGGCAGCCUAAUCCAGGUGGUAACCACAGGAGGGAAGACAGAACUAGCUGCUGCACAUCUUUGAGACUGAUCAGUGUGAUUGUGAAAACACAGCAAAUGAGAAGGUUGUAACAUUCUAGUCAAGUUUGGGUGGUCUUCUGUAUCCAGUGAUUCUAUUAUCUUGUUUGUGAAACAAGAUGUUGACUAAUGUUUCUCUGUUCUUAGAUGCAAGCUACAUUCCUUUAUCAAAAGGUAUCCGUUGUCUUCGAUACAUAUAUCAAGGCUAUAGAUUUUAAAAUCUGCAAAUGUCCUAAUCUUGAGCAUUCUCUAUGGGGUUACCUCUGUUCUUUAAAAUAAG